AUGACUAGUAAACAUCAUAAUCAAUCCUCUCGUCGUCAUCCACUUAAACGUGUACGUCCAGAUAAUGAAAAUCAAGGUUCAAUUAUAUCUUCGAAUGGACGAAAUAAUAAAAAAUUUUGUCGUCAACCUUCUGAAGAUUCAGCAUUUAUUGACACAGAAAAAUCUUCAGAUGAACGUGCAUUUGAUCUUUUUCAUAAAGAAUAUUUUCCACAAUUUCGUCCUUAUUUUAAACAUCGAUCUAUUGUUAUACAAUUUAUUGAACAUUUAUGGUCGAAUAUGAUUGAAUUUUCUAAAGUAUCAUUUGUUAAAAAAAUUCUUAAAGAACAAGGAAUUUAUGAUGUAUCUACGACAAAUUUUAAUGAUACUGAAACAUUUUCUAAUGACGAAAAUGAUUCUCAAUUAAGUAAAUCAUUAAAUGAAUCAAAUCGAAGUAUUUCAACAUGGAAUACAAAUAAUCGAUAUAGUCGAAGUUUUAUAAAUGAACUUUUAUCUUAUUUAAAAUAUUCGGUAACACCUCGAUUUAUAGAUAAAAAAUCAUCAUCAAAAAUAAUUGCACCACUUCGUCGUUCAUCUCGUAUUCGUCGAGCACCAAUAAAAUGUGUUUGUUCAACAUGUAUUACUACACGUGCAUCUGAAGAACAUUCAUCUUCGACAUCAAUUAUAAACGAUGAUUCAGAACAUAAAAUUUUUCAACAUUUAAUUGAACAUUAUCAUCAACUCAGCGGUCAAUGUCAUAUUUUUAGCAUAAUAUUAGUAACAACAAAGAGUUUACAUCUUUCUAGUGAUGAUCAAUAUAUUAAUAUAUCAAAUUCAUCGAUAUUAACCGAUAUUAAUAAAUGUAAUGAAACAACUGAUAGUCAAAUACAAAUGCCAUUAUCGGAAGUUAUAGAAACGGUUACACAUACAGCAAUAUCACCACCAUCAUCGCCCAUAAUUCCUGCAGCAUCAGUUAAUAAUUCGUCGGCACUUUCAGAAUCAUUUGAAGUAUUUGUUGAUCCAUCGGCAAUUUCUAAUGAAAAAAUUACAUUAGAUACAUCAGUAGCACUUUCAGAAUCAUAUGAAUUAUUUGUUGCACCUUCAACGAGUUCUAAUGAAAAAAUUAUAUUAGAUGCACCACUUGAUCAUUCGAUCGCACUUUCAGAAUCAUUUGAAUUAUUUGCUGAUCCUUCAUCAAUUUCAAAUGAAAAAAUUAUAUUAGAUACACCAGAUGAACGACCACCACCACCAGCAAGACGUACAUAUGUUAUUUUGACCGAACUUGAUGAACCAUUUUUUGGUCCUUAUCCAAUUGAAUUUACUAUAACAAUUUGA